AUGAAUUUGAGACUACACCUUGCGCAGCGCCUUGGUAAUAUAGGAAAAGAAUAUCAAAACACUCGACAUAAUGUUGGGUUUAUCACAGUUAAUCACUUAUCGGAUUAUUACAAAUUAUCUUGGAGAACAAAAGAUAAGUUUAAUGCUGAUAUUUCAGAAGGUCUAAUCGGACCAUACAAAUUAUUAUUAGUAAAACCACUAACUUAUAUGAAUUUAUCUGGUAAAGCAUUAGGUGGUACUCAUGGAGGACAUAACGGUUUAAAAUCAAUCAAUCAAUAUCUA